UACCACCGCUGAUCAGGAUGGCGACGAUUCCGCUUCAGCAGGAGACGGAGGAUUACUCUUUUUUGCCUCUUAUUCACGAUAUUUUAAAAUGCAUGGACAAAGAUAGCGCAGACGUCCAGCAGGAACUCAAUAAACUAAAGACGAAGAUCCAAGAGGCGAGGGAACAGAUUCUGGCCAUGCCAGGUAUCGAGACGAACGUGGAGCAGCAGCAGGAACAGCUACGGACACUACAAGAACAAGUGCGCACGAAAAACCAGCUGUUGCACAAGUACAAAGGCCUGUGCAUGUUUGACAUCCCGAAAGUCUAAAAAGGGCAGGCUGGCAACCAAAAUGCAGUAUAAGCACGGGGUGAACAGUGGCAGCUGUUUAUGGAAAUGUUAUUGUUUGAGUUGCUUAUGUUGUUGCACUCGGCUUGAUUAACACUGGAGUUGUGCUGGAUAAACUGUGAUGGACACGGAUAGGCCAAUAUGAUGGGAAUAUGUCGGCAGUUUUAUUAAUCUGCCGCACAUGCAAAAGUAUUUAGUGAGCAAACACUGUUAGGCCGACUGAUCAGUAUAGUCGUGUGCACUCGCCCCGUUUUGAUUAUUUAUGAGAUUGCAGAAAUAAACAUAUAUGCUACACUCGCUUCCUUCUUUUUACCUUUGCGGAUUUCGUUUUUUUUUUAAAAAAAUGAGGACUUCAUGCUACGUGGUAGGGUUGUGUUUGCACUGUGCAACAUGUUAUUAUGCAACUCAUCAAAGAGGGACUUUCUCUUAGAGAAGAGGUCACAGGGGCAUGUGAUUUUUCUGCAAGCCACCAUGGAGAUGACGCUGGUGCAGUCAUGUGGAUAUUUCUAUCUAAGCUUACAGUAUUUCCAGCUGGUUAACAUCUCGUAUAUGUCUAAUUGCGUUUCACAAAAGGCAUGGCAACUCACCCUGGGGUCUCAAGCUUGCAACAGACAGCUUGUAUGUUUUGGUCUUCAACGUUAAAACUAUUCUACUGGCCCUGUGUCUAGAGGUGGGGGUCAUAGCCACUGCACAGUGGAAUGCAAUAACAGACAUAAAAAGCUGCAGUUCCAUUAAGAGUUUGAAAUCUCAGCUGAACAUUUUUCUGAAGACCACUCAAAUCUGCAACUACUGACACUGACAUGGUGUGUUUUGUGUGUGUGUGUAGUGGAUGGGUGUUUGUUGUAUGUUUUUUAUUGUGCCCCACAGGGGGACUGCAGAUGUAAAUUAGUCUGUGGCUAACUCUGGUACAAUGCUUAAAAUGGGAACAUUUAUGUUUUAAAUUGUACAUGGUACCUAUAAAUAAAACAAAUAAUAAUAAUAAAA